AUGGGGAUAUGCACAUCAAAAAGAAAAGUGGAUGAAAAUGUAUAAAUAGUACCCUAUAAGUAAAUAAAUAAAUGAUUUUUUUGAUAGAGUAUGUAUAACUGCAUUUAUUUGGAAUAAGGAAAGUCAUAAUUUAUUUGAUUUUGAGAGUAAUUAGGUAACAAAAAAAGAAAUAGAAUUAGAUUUUUCAGGUAGUUAUGAGUUAGAUAAUUAGGAACACUUUCAAUGGUGGACAAUUAAAUAAUUGCAUUAACAGAUAAUGUAUAAAAUUCUCAAAAAUAUAAAACAGGAAUAUGUAAAUAAAUAGAUCCAAUUACUAAGAGUAGAUUGUGAAUAAGAAUAUAUGAUGUUAUCUGGAAUGAGUCAAAAAUCAGAUUAAAGAGUUUGGGCUAUAUUAUGUAAUAGACCUGAUUUUGAAUCAUUAAAUGUAAUAAAUAAAUAAAUUUAUAUAAAAGGAAUGGGAACUUUAAAAAGGUGAUAUGAUUAAAUUAGGAAGAAUGAAAUUAUAACUACUUGAAAUUAAUCAUGAUAUUGAUACUCUUUAAUAAUAAAAAGAAUAAAUAGAAAAUGAUGAUGAAUUAUAGUCUAAAGAUUUAGAAUUGGAAGCUAGUUAAUGUAGAAUUUGUUUUUCUAAAAAUGGUUCUUUGUCUAAUCCUCUCUUUAGUCCUUGUAAAUGUAAUAAUCUUCAUUAUUAAUUAUUUUAGGUAUUGGUUCUAUGAAAUAUGUUCAUCUUAAUUGUUUAUAAAUUUGGAUUCAGUAAUCAAUUAAAAUUAAAAAUCAGCAAUCUUCUAUAUAAUAUAUUUGGAAAAAAAUGGAAUGUGAAGUCUGUAAAAUGCCAUUACAAAGUACUUAUACCUACUAAGGCUAAAUAUUUUGUAUAAUGUAAAUUUAAAAACCUAUUGUUCCAUAUAUGAUUUGGAAAAUAACAUCUGAUGAUAAAUCUAAAGAAGGUAUCAUUUAAGUCAUGGAAUUAAUUGAUAAAUAAGAUAUUAAAAUCGGAAGAGUCCCUGAUUGUGAUAUCAAAUUAAAAGAUAUCUCGGUUUCAAGAAAUCAUGCUCUUAUCAAAGUAAUUAAAUCAGAAUAUAAUUAAUACAAAUUACUUCUCUAAGAUAAUAACUCUAAAUUUGGAACAUUAUUACAUGCCUCAUCUGGUAAAUUACUUAAAUAUGAAUUAUAAUCUCCAUAAAAAGUUCUCUAUCAAAUUGGACGAGUUCUCCUUCAUGUUUAAUUAAAAGAAAAAGGCAAAUCUUAUAAUAAAUAGUAUUUACUAUCUUUUUAUUCUAGAUUUACUUGUUAUAGACAUCCAAAUCAAAUUUUAGUCUUCCCUAAAAAAAGUAUUAAUGAAUAAGCUACUAUUGUUCCAAAUCUUGAAAAAGACAAAGACAAUCAACUAUCAUUCUAAACCCAUAAUGAAUUAAAUCAGGAUGACAUAGUUAUUAAUGUUAAAUAAAUAUGA